AGGAAAAUACAACAAGUCUUUAUCAUGGCGGCGGAGUCGCUGUGAAAACGUGUAGAAGUGAGUUUCCAAACAUUCAAGGAUCUUGUCGAAAACACUUGCCUUAUUAACCUGACAGUUGCAUGCAUAUCUAAUCGGAAAUUUGGCAACUUAUGGUAUGUAUAAGAAUCCUGAGACCGUGAAAUGUCCGGGACACGACCAGAAACUGAGGCCACUACAAGUUCAGUGACGGGUGGUUCUGGCGGGGGAGGGGAGUCAACCAAGAAAGACAACUCUGUAGCUGCCUGCACAUCGGUGGCCACUAACACUGAAGAUGUAGGUGCCAGCGAGGGGGAUCAGUGGAAUCUGGAUACAUUACUCCCAGGAGAGGACAAGAACCCAUUUGUUGGUCUGUCAGAUGAACAGCUCGGUCAGCUUGAAGAUGUACUCUCCAGUGAGGAGGUGAAGAAGCUCCUACAGACUACAGACCUUGAGACCCUUGAACACAGUCUAAUAUCCAACAUGGCCGCUGAGGGGUCUAGCGCACCGGUACACAAGGGGGACACAUUAAACUCAUCUGAUGACUCACUCAAGCUGGACCUAUUUGGUGGACAGAACGUAAUUGACGAGGCCUCUGCUCAUCAGCUAAUAAGGGAUAGUGUCCGGGAACACGAACUAGCGGUAGUAGCUGCCGCCUUUAACGAUCAUGCAUAUGCUUGUCAACCACCCAAACCACAACCGUCCAUCUCAAAGGUGACUGCAGCGUAUACCUCCGACACACCCCCAGAGGCAGUUUCCCCGGCAAUCCCCAGCACCAGUGUCGUAGCUACAUCCUCCUCCCCCCCUCCUGCAGUGCAGCAUGCUGAUGUGGGGGUGGGGGCAGACUUCGACAGUGAUGUGGAGAAGAUGGAGGAUGAUAGUAUGGUAGAGGAUGAAGUGAAAGAAGUUAAGAGGGGAAGAAAGAAGAAGACAGAUGAUGCUUCCCCGCAACCAUCCAGACGUUCCAGUCGGAUCAGUGACCAUGAGCAGCGAGUGAAGGCAGAACAGAUACGCCAGGAGAACCGGCGCCUAGUGAAGGAGGUACUGGAGGGGAGACAGAAGGGGGGUACACAACCCUCAGAUCAGGGGGACACCACGCCCACAGACAUCUCGCCCAUAGACACCACACCCACAGACACCACACCCACAGACCCCAUUAAUGACGUCAGCAAGCCGAGUCCAAGUCCGAAAAAGGUUACGAACGAAGAUGAGGAUGAAGACAAGGAAGGGGAGGAGGAUUCGGUGGGAAGGGGGUCCCCUGCCGACAACCCAGCACAGAGGCGGAGGGGCAGACCACAAACACUUAGCAACAGGAUCAUCACACGUAGGUUUGGGCGCGGGGCAACCAACAAGACUGAAGAGAGUGAACAGGAAGGGGAACCAGUUCCUGUUACACCGGUUCGAGGCCGGGGCCGGGGGAGAGGGAGAGGCAGGGGCCGAGGGAGGGGAAGGGGUCGUGGCAGGGGUCAAAGUCACAAUCAGGAAGAAACCCAAGUUGAAGAGACUAAACCAGGACGGGGUAAGAAAGGUCGAGGAUCAGGCAAACCCGCAGCGGAUGUUGGGGAAGAAGACAAAGAAGAAGAAGGGGAAACACCGCGUAGAAGAGGAAGGAGGAAAGCUAAAGACAAAACGGAAGAAGUUACGGCAAAGGAAGACAACAACACCCCUGUCAGGGGCAAAAGAGGGAGGAAGAAAGCAGCCAAACAAGAGGAAGAAGAGUCUGUUGAAGAUACAGUUAGUCCGGAAGAAAGUAAAAAAGAAGAAAUUGGCGAAGAAAAAGUAAAAGUAACGAAAGGGAGGAGAGGGAGGAAGGCAGCGCUGAAGGACAGUGAGGUGCACGCUGAUGUUGAAGAAGAGGUAGAGAAGGUGGAAACUCCCAAGAAGACCAGGAAGGGGAAAGGGAAGGGAAAGAAGGAGGUAGCCAAGGCAGAGGAAGAAGUUACUCCCAAAGGAAAGAGAAAAGGAACAAAAGGUGCAGCAUCUAAAGGUGCUUCUCCUGCAAUGAAGGAAGAAGAAAAAGCUGAGGAAGCUCCAGAGACAGAAUUAGAAGAAGGGAAGGAAGAGAAACAGAAUGUUGUUGAUGAUGUUGUGAAGGAGGAAGAAGAGCAGAGUAAGGAUGAAACUGCUAAGGAGAAGAAAGAAAAGCGAGACUCCAUCAAUGAUGAUAUCAAGGAAAUAUUUGGAAGUGAUGAGGAGGACAUGCAGUCUGAUGACGACGACAAGAAGGAGGCGGAGGAAGAAGGGGAAGGGGAGAAAAAGGAGGAGAAGGCUAAGAAGAAGAAGAAAAAAAAGAGGAAGGAAUCCGAAGAGGGGGGAAAGGCUAAGAGGAAGAGGAGUCGUGAGGACAGCAAGGAUUCUGUCAAAAGAGAAAGGCGAGACAGCAAGAAGAGUGAGAAAGAUUCUGACGAAGAGGUAACUCCACAGAAAGUGAAGAAAGAUAAAAAGGACCAGAAGGGAGAAGAAGGGAAACACUCAAAGAAGAGUAGGGGAUCGAAGGAGGAAGACCUUGACAUUGAUAUGUCCGACUUUGGCCGCUACCCAUCCAAGACGCCUGACAGUGGUCACAAGGCCCAGCGACGGAAGUCACACAAGCUGUCUGAGACGGAGGCAUUCCUUGACCCAACAAUGACCGAUUUAUUCAAACCCGAUGCUCUCAUUCGCCAUGAAGGUGCUGUAAAGAAAGAAGACCUUGAAAAGAAAGAUGAACUUGAAGAUGGGUCAAAGGUCAAAGAUGUAACUGAGGUCAAAGUUGAAGAGGUUAAGGACAUUGUUACUGAAGACGGUACAGAAGAUGUUAGAAAAACUGGACCGGAAACAACACCUGUGAAAGAAGAAGCUAAACCCGAACCCACAAUUGAAGAGGUAAAGGUGGGUGAAAGUCCAGAGGUAACAAAGGUUCAAGGUGAAAGUUCAGUCGAUCCCAGCAACAGUGUGAAGACAGAAGGGUCAGGGUCAGAAGUGAAGGUCAAGCACAGACGACGUACUGACAGUGAGAAGAGUGACAAGCAGAGAGUGAAGAAGAGAGAACGGAGGAAGAAAUUGUUUGGAACAGACAUCGAUGGUGGAAGUGACAGUGAAGGUGGGAACUUGAGCUAUGAAGAUGAUGAGAAUGACUCUGACUGGGAUCCCAGCACCGACCCCAACACCCUCUACUGCAUCUGUAAGAAGCCACAUGGAAAGAGGUUCAUGAUCUGCUGUGACAUGUGUGGGGAGUGGUUCCAUGGCAGCUGUGUCGGCAUCAACAAGGAGCAGGGCAAGGAGAUGGAGAAGAAAAACGAGGAGUACAAGUGUUCAGCUUGCAUAGAAAAAUCAAAGAUAGCAGCAAAAGCAGGUGUAAAAAAGAAACCUGAUGGAAAGGUGGUGGAGUCCUCCAAGGGGGUUGGGAAGCCUGGCACCUCCACACCCAGCAAGGAUGGGGCUGACAAGAAAAAGGGACACAAGAAAAUAACGGGCGCUGCGAAGUUUGUGAAGUGUGUGCGGAUGGACUGUCGGCGCGGGGCAAGGCCGGGCUCCGUGUACUGUAGUGAUGAGUGUAUCCAGCAUCAUGCACGCGAAUCACUCCGACUACUGAGGAAGGAGAGGGAGAGGAAUGCAGGCAGGCCGGACUAUGUAAAGUCUCUGGCACGGCCAGGGCAGGAGAAGGUGGUUGUGUUGGAGCGACAUAAUGGACGCCUCCUCAUGGGGAACAAUGCUCCGACAGAACAGAACCUGGAGAUGUGGCUGUCGGAUCAUCAAACAUUUGAGGUUCUCCGCCCGGGAGUCAUGGCCAGCAAGUUCUAUGGAGCUCAGAUUGAGAGGGAGAGGAUGAAGAACCGUGAACGAGAAGAGCGGGAGAGACAGAGGCGUGAGAGAGAAAUGGAACAGAUUGAGAGAGAAAGAAGAGAGAGGGAAAGGCAGCGGAGGAAGAAAGAAAAGGAGAGAGAACAACAGAAGAGGGAAGAAGCACUGCGGAAAGUUCGCAGUGAAGGCCCUGAUCCAGUUCGCAUCAACGUGAGGAAGGCUCUCCGAGACGCUCUACAGGGCAGGGCGGAAGAUGCUGAUGACAUCAUGCUGUCCAACAGCGAAAUCAAACAGCUGGCUGUUGCUGUGGAGGAAGAACUGUUCAAGUGUUACCAGGACACCGCCGGCCACAAGUACCGCAAUAAGUACCGCACUCUCAUCUUCAACAUCCGCGACCCCAAGAACAAGGGAUUGUUCCGCAAGAUCCUGACUGGUCAGAUCAAACCCAACCGUUUGGUACACAUGUCCACGGAGGAACUUGCAUCCAAGGAACUGUCGCUGUGGAGAGAGAACGAAACCAAACAUACGUUGGAGAUGAUCAAAACUGCUGAAAAGGAAGCGCAGAAGGAGCCAGUGCAUAUCCGCAAGAAGACCCACAAGGGGGAGGUGGAGCUGAAUGAGGAUCUAAGCACACUGGUGUCGAAUGAGGUGAAGCCCGAGAAGAGCGAGAGUGACACGAAGAAGGAGACUGACGAGAAAGAACUGAGCACACCAGAGAACCCCGCCGUGGACACGACUGACCAGCACCGCAACCACUUGUUUGACCUGAACUGUAAGGUGUGCACAGGCAAGGUGCCGCCUCCUGCUGGCGAGUCGGCCGUCAAGAAGCUGAAAGUCGCCCACAAGGUGAUGGGAGAGGGUGGCAAGAAGGUGGAGAAACCGACCAACAAGCAGGAAGACCUGUCGAAUGCUGAGGAGGUGGUGAAGGAGGUGCUGAGAGCAAUUCGACAGAGUAAGACCGACGCCCCUGCCUCCUCCACAUACUCGGGGGCCAAGGAUGUGACUGUCAGGUCCCCUGACUCCGCCUUGUCCUCAGGCCUGGAGUCCAAGGCCAAGUUCAAGCCUGCCGGGCCCAGUCUGUGGAAGGGAUUGAUCUCCAAUGAAGACUUCAACAAGUUCGCCACAUCAGCCUACCGGGUGUCGGGCCCCACAGAGUCGUUGGAGUUCCCUGACCUGAUACACAUAUGUGGACGUAUUGGACCUGACCAGAUGUGGGACUACCUGGGGCGGGUUCGACAAAGUGGGUCUAGGGACAUCUGUGUGGUGAGGUUUGUGCCGGGCAGUGAUGGUGAGAAGAUGGCCUACAUCCACCUCUACUCCUAUCUGAAUGGACUGAGUCGAUGCGGCGUGGUGUCAAACGCAGCCAAGCAGGUUAAGGAUUUCUACCUGGUGCCCCUGGCCUCCCACAGCCGAAUCCCACGGGUCCUCCUGCCCUUUGAUGGGCCAGGUUUGGAAGAGAAUCGGCCCCACAUGAUCCUGGGAAUCAUCGUGGUGACUAAAGUAAAACGCCCCAUAGAUGCCCCUACGCACUUUGUUCCUUCAAAGAAGGCAAAAGUCAGCUUGAACCCUAAUGAUCCCCGGAACAGAAACUACAGACCUCCGAGUCAGAAGCCUCUCGAGAAGUCCUUUACACCUCCUCUCAAACCUGUGCCCACCUACAAACCCAUGCCCAAGAAGCUCAUCGAGCUGUCGAGGUCGUCGUCAUCGUCAUCUUCCUCCUCCCCGUCAGGUGACAUGACUCAGACAGCUGUGACACUACAGGACCCUAUUGUGAAGGCCUACGCCUCCACCAAGUCUAGUCAGAUGGAAGAGGAAGAGGAAGACAGCAUGGCUCCAUACUCACCAGGUGGAAUGGAUGAUGAUGACGAUGACGAUGCCUAUGAUCCUGCUGAUACCAGUCACAUCAUCAAGUUGACUUUGACAACAACUGUUGCAACAACCGCCACCACUGCCCCCAUCUCCACCCAGCCUGGUGGUAACAUCACUAAGCUGACCUCUGCGCCACCAGCAGCAGUGUCGGCAACCAUUCCCUUCCCUGUCCCCGUGUCUCCUCUACCUGUCCCGGCACCUACCACCUUGGCCCCUGUAUUGCCAACACCAGCAGCAGCAGCAGCAGCAGCAGCAGCAGCAACAGCAGCAACAGCAACAGCAGUAGCAGCUGUUCCCGUGCCAGUCUGUGUGUCCAGUUCCACUGCAUCCCAAGUGUAUUCCGUCCCCACAGCUCAGCCCGCAUCAUCACAAGGACCAGAUAAGCCUAUGUCACAGACUGACACUCUCAAAGGAAUUAAUGUUGACUCCAUGAUCUCUCAAGUUGCCAAAAGUAACAAUCCUGCUGAGAUCACUGCAUUUAUGGUAGCUGCCUUGGCUGCAGCAACAGAUGCUACUAACAAACAGAAGUUGCUUGUGGAGCUGACCCAGAAAGUUGAGGAGCAGAGGAAAGCACUUCAAGGCCAGCAGGCUUCUAACUUGUCUGUACAGGGCCUCGCUCAGGCAGUAGCUUGCACAGCAGCAGCAGCAACUAUUGCAGCAGCAGCAGCAACAGUAACGACUACAGCACCAUCAUUAUUGCCUCCACCAACAGUGGUACCUCCAGUGUCUGUCUCUGAAUCCAAGUCAGCAGUUUCUGUGGCUGAAUCGGUGGCCAGCAGUUCAGGGUCUGAGGCUUUGGCUUUAGACUCCCCUAAACCACUGGAAAAGAAAUCUAAAGAGUCUGAUAAAGAGAAACAUUCCUCCUCAAGUACUAGAAAAUCAUCUAGUUCUGAUAGUAGGAAAAGUGAUAGAGACAGAAGGGAUUCUGAUAGCAGGCGAAGUGAUCGGAGAUCAUCAAGUGUUGAGAGGUCACGGGACAGGAGAAGUGGAGAUAGACACAGAAGGAGCCGGGACAGGAGUCGAGAUCGGGAUAGACACCGUCACAGAGGAAGAUCUUCAGAGAGACAUCACAGUCACCGAGAUCGAUCCCGGGAGCGACGAAGAGAUCGAUCAGACAUACGACGGAGCAGAGAUAAGAGUAGAGACAGAAGCAGGGACAGGAGCCGAGACAGAAGCCGGGACAAGAGCCGGGACAGGAGCAUAGACAAGAGCCGGGACAAGAGUCGGGACAGAAGCCGGGACAAGAGUAGAGACAGGAGCAGGGAUAGGAGCAGGGACAGGAGCAGAGAAACCUCUGAUAACAAGGUUUCCAAGGAUGGUCAGGGUAGUUCUGAGAGUAGACGAAAGGCAGAGGUCCCCUCAACCUCAGACAAGACAAGUGAUACAACACCUAAACCAUCACAGACAAACUCUAGUGAAACAUCUGACACAGGUGCUAGUAGUCAGUUGCCAGAUACAGGCAAGGACACAAGUAGUGAGGCAGCAAAGGCCAGUAGCAACACUGAGUCAAGUGCAGCUGUGACACAAGGGGAACUAACACCCAACAUCCCUGUUGCCCUUCAGGCCUUGAUCAAUGAUGUGAUGGGCAGAGUGCCUGCUGCUUCUAAGACAGAAGAGAUUCCUCCAGUUGUGUCAAAAACAAAAGAAAAGGAAUUGAGUGAGGAAAAGGAGGAAAAGAAAGCUGAGAAAGAGGAUAUGGAAACUGAUAGUAAUGCGUCAGAGAGCGUGAUUCCAGGAUUUGGUGCAGCUGAUGAAUCAGCAGAGACAAAACCAAAAAAUAUUUUCAGUGACAUUAUUGAGAAGCACAAAGAUGAUAAACCUGUGUUGUCUUCAACAGUUUCAGAUGAGGUUGGUAAAGAUGCUAGUCUUGAGCAGCUGGAGCUAUCAAGAAGUGACUUGGAUAUGAGAGUUCAACCCCUUCCUGCUGGAGGUGACACAGACAUGAGAGUACAGGGUGAUGUGGACUUAAGAAUUAAACCCAGUAUUCCUAUCCUGUCUUCUAUUGCAAAGUCCAAGUCUAGUGUGUUAGAGCGGCAAGUAGACAUUGAUGAGCGCAUCCUGCCAUCAGGUCCUCCUCCUAUGGAUAAGGAUGAGCGGAUUGCCCCUCCCAGACUCACUCCCCAGCAGCAGUGGGGGCCGGGAAACCCCCAGCCACCUGCUGUUGAUGAGCCUCCCUCACUAUUCCCUUCAGCCACAGGCUUCCAAGGGGCCCACUUCACAGGACCACCUCAACCAUUCCCAGGUCCACAACAAGGUUUCCAAGCUCCAUCCGAGUUCUUAGGACCGCCUAAACUAGACUUUGAGGGCCCCCCUGGGCCUGGUCUCCAUGCUGGUGAGGAUGUUGAUCAUCGUAUGAUGGCAUGGCCAGGACAAGGACCUCCACCAGCUCCAGGACCCUUGUUCAGGCCUGGUUCAGGAGGUGAUGGAAACUUUGGUGGGGAGGAUGUUGACCUGAGGCAGAAAGACAGUAGUGGUGCGGGGCUGUUGCGGCCUCCUCCUAUGCCUGCAUCAUCACUUCUGGAAAGCCAGAGUCACGCUUCCUCUUCAGGGGAACCUCCACAGGAGAAGAAGAGACCGCUGCACGGUGUUGGGGAGGAACUACAGGACAAACGACCUCGACCUCAUUCUCAAGGCUUGAUGCAUCAAGGUCGUCCUGGAAUGCCAUUCAUGCCUCCUCCACCUUUCCCCCCCCAGUCUGCCCCCCAGAUGCCUCCUCCUCCUCCUCAAGGACAUGAACAGUCACGUGACUAUGAUAGGGGGUCAUCCUCUCGUUGGAGUGAGUGUCGGGAAGACAGAGAUCGUCAUUGGCACCGAGAUGACCGAUCCAGUCGGCACCGUCGCUCGAGUGAUCACCAUAGAGAUAGGAGACAUUAUCACAGUAGUAGCCGGAGGUGAAUUGUGUCACAAUUUUGUGUUGAAUAGAGAGAAUUUGUGUUCAAACAGAUUGCAGCAUGUGGCUAGUUAUGAAGAAUGUUGUGGAAUGAGCUAUUGUGGAUUUUGAAGAUGAAGAAGCGUUCAGUUUUUAUUGUGAAUGUGACAUAUGAAAUAAAUAGAAAUCCAGCAGUGAGGGCAGUGUCAGCAGACACUUGGAUCAGCUUUGUGAGGCAUUGUCAGCAGACACUUGGAUCAGCUUUGUGAGGCAUUGUCAGCAGACACUCAGAUCAAUGAGGCAUUGUUAGCAGACACUCAGAUCAAUGAGGCAGUGUAGCAGACACUCAGAUCAGUGAAACAGUGUCUGUUAUUGUUUUGAGCAGGGUCAAGUGGACAAUAGCUAGUCAGACAACAGAUUCAUAAUCACAAGUUGCAUUUCUGAAAUCUUUCCCCAGCUGGAUUGCUCUGUACUAGAUGAUGUUGUGUACUUGUAGAUAAUCAAGGGAAAGUUCAUUAUUUGCCAUUGACCUUCCUCAUUUCAAAUAUACAUCAACAAGACAUUUAUGUACAUAACCACAUAAGUCAUAGCAACAACUUCUGUAAACAUAAUCAGCCCUCAUGUUGUGGCAAAAUACAAAGUGUUGUAUUUUUUCCCCAAACCUUGUUUAGGAACGAUGCAAUAAGAUGCUAUUUUCCUGCACCUUAUCAGUGGUGGAGCAUUUCAAGAUAGACGGAACAGAAAUAUCUCUGUGGAAAACAUAUGUUUGUCAGCUACAAAACAGUUAACAUAAAUACAAAAACUUGGCUUUUGGCCCACUGAAAUAGUGUCAGAAAGCUCUGAUCACCUAUCGAAGGAAGGGCAUCAUUUUCAGUGCUUUGUAACAAGCCUUUGUGUAAUUAUGUAAUCAUGAUAAUGACUUAUUGUUUCCUAGCUGUGUAUACUGAGUGGUUAUCUCUGUACAUAUUACGUCUCAUCCAUUUCACAGAAUCGCAAUAGGUCACACAGUGUGAUUAUUUGCUAACUGUAAAACCUUGGGAAUAAUCUUCAUUGGACCUCUCCAUGAAUGCACACAUGUUCUUUGGGCAUAGUGAACAGUCUUCGUAUUUAAGAGCAGUUAUUUUUGAUGAAUGAUGUUAUGCAAACUUGUACAUGUUUUUUUAAAACUAUCAUUUUGGUACUAACUUUGGGGGGAUGAACAAUGGGAUGAUGUUGGUGAGGAUCAUUGCAUAAACAGACAGGUGAUUUUAGCAUAGGUGCCAUGUGCGAAAAUCAAAUUUAAUCAAAUAGAUUUAGAUUGUCUGUAUUUGCGGUUUAAAUCAAAGGGUAAGUGAAUACUGUUUGUAAUCAUUGCUUCAUUAUAAACACAUCUAGUUGUAAAGGACGUCCAACACAUGGAAGGUAUUAUUUUGACUGUCAAGAAUUGAUUCAUCACCUGUGGAUUUUUUAUGAUUUUAAUGGGAUAAACUGAUUUUUAUUUAGUGAUCAACAAAUGAAAAAUUGUGGAAAUCAAAAUCUUAUUUUUAAGUUUAGCCCGUCUCACCCAAAGGGUGUGGAGGAGCUCAUUUCAUGGCAUGUUGUUCUCAGUAACGUUGAUAUUGAAAUGUGAUUGUUCAAGAACACGUAGAAAAAAUAUUAGUGAAAAUGUAUAAGUGUAAUAUGUAAUUGUGCCUGUGUGCUUUGGUGUUUUCAUGAAGCCACAGUAGCAGAUGUUGCAACUGUUUAAAAUCAUGGGGAUCACAGAACUGUCUGUGCAGCUGUUUGCAAUCAUGAUGAUCGCAUAAUUGUUUGUGCAGCGGUUGACAAUGAUAAUGAUCACAGAAUUGUCUGUGCAGCUGUUUACAAUCAUGAGGAUCACAUAAUUGUUUGUGCAGCUGUUUACAAUCAUGAGGAUCACAUAAUUGUUUGUGCAGCUGUUUACAAUCAUGAGGAUCACAGAAUUGUUUGUGCAGCUGUUUACAAUCAUGAUGACAGAACAGUCUGUGCAGCUGUUUACAGUCAUGAUCACAGCACUGUUUGUGCAGCUGUUUACAAUCAUGAUGACAGAACUGUUUGUGCAGCUGUUUACAAUCAUGAGGAUCCCAUAAUUGUCUGUGCAGCGGUUGACAAUGAUAAUGAUCACAGAACUGUCUGUGCAGCUGUUUGCAAUCAUGAUGAUCACAGAAUUGUCUGUGCAGCUGUUUACAAUCAUGAUGACAGAACAGUCUGUGCAGCUGUUUAGUCAUGAUGACAGAACUGUUUGUGCAGCUGUUUACAAUCAUGAUCACAGAACUGUUUGUGCAGCUGUUUACAAUCAUGAGGAUCGCAUAAUUGUUUGUGCAGCUGUUUGCAAUCAUGAGGAUCACAGAAUUGUCUGUGCAGCUGUUUACAGUCAUGAUCACAGAACUGUUUGUGCAGCUGUUAAUAAUCAUGAGGAUCACAGAAUUGACUGUGCAGCUGUUUACAAUCAUGAUGACAGAACAGUCUUUGCAGCUGUUUACAAUCAUGAUGACAGAACAGUCUGUGCAGCUGUUUACAGUCAUGAUCACAGAACUGUUUGUGCAGCUGUUUACAAUCAUGAGGAUCACAGAAUUGUCUGUGCAGCUGUUUACAAUCAUGACAGAACUGUUUGUGCAGCUGUUUACAGUCAUGAUGACAGAACUGUCUGUGCAGCUGUUUACAAUCAUGAGGAUCACAGAAUUGUCUGCGGCUGUUUACAAUCAUGAUGACAGAACAGUCUGUGCAGCUGUUUACAAUCAUGAUGACAGAACUGUUUGUGCAGCUGUUUACAGUCAUGAUGACAGAACUGUCUGUGCAGCUGUUUACAAUCAUGAUCACAUCACAACUUUCAACAAUAACAGAUUAAGCAGAGGAAAAAAUGCACAUUAACUUUACAGUUCAUCAUAGAGUCAGGUGAGCAACAGAGUACUUCCUUCCGUGUUUGUCUCAAUAUGAUUUAAUUUAGAGUUGUUUUGUUAAAGAUUGUUGCCAAAGAGUCGCAAGUUUUGUAAUAUAUGACUGCAUUUCUUCACAGAAGUACAGGUUAUUUUAAUCUUUGUUGACCGUUAUGUGUUUUAUGUUCUGUUCACAAGACUGUACAAAGAGAAACAGUGUUGCAUACUUAAUUCCUGGUUUUACAAAGAUGCUCUCAUCUCAUGUUUGCUGUAAUAAAUUCAUUUACCAUAAA